ACGGCUCGCAUAGUGCGUGGAGGAUAUGUCUCUAUACAUUGCACUGGCAUAAGCAAGGGAGGGGCUGCUGCAAAACUCCCCGAUAGAAUUAAUGCAAAGAGCCAAAAGAACACUUCCUGUUGAUGCAAAAAUUGCAGCAGCAACUGUCUGACACAUCUGGACUGGAGAGGGGGGGAGGCCUGGCCGUGGCUGUUUGCGAACUUGAAGGGGAAUGGACAACGUUUAAUGUCAAUCUGCAGCACGGUGGUUGACAAACUGGAGAAGCAGAUUCAAGAAAUGGACGACGGCAGCUACAUCGAGUUUGAUGUGCCGGAGUUCAGCAACACCGUCCUGACUCAGCUCAAUGAGUUGCGACUACAGGGCAAGUUAUGUGACAUCAUUGUUCACAUACAGGGUCAGCCAUUCCGCGCCCACAAGGCCGUCCUGGCAGCGAGCUCACCCUACUUUCGAGACCACUCAGCGCUCAGCACCAUGAGUGGCCUUUCGAUCUCAGUCAUCAAAAGCCCUGAGGUGUUUGAGCAGCUUCUUGCAUUCUGCUACACAGGUCAUAUGUCCCUGCAGCUCAAGGACAUUAUCAGUUUCCUGACUGCUGCCAGCUUUCUGCAGAUGCAGGUCAUUAUUGACAAGUGUACUCAGAUCCUUGAGAGCAUCCACUCCAAAAUAAGCCUCCCAGUUAAUACCUGCAGCCCAGAGAAGGAUGAUUCGCAGACCGAUCGCAACGGGGUCAACGACAGCAACCUCUUUGUCAACCCCACGCAGAUCUCCCCCCCUUACUACUCCCGUCAGAGUCACGCAGGACACGAAGCACGCCUGGAUCUUGCAGGAAAAGCCCUUGGUCGCGGACGACCGCAGCAAGAGGAAGGCCAGUCAGAUCGCGGCAGCACCGAUAGCGUGUCAGAGCAUGACGCACCCAUGGAAGGAGAAAUGGAGCAAGUGGAACUCAUUGGCAAAGAUGGGCAAGUAACGGAUGUGCACGUGAAAGUAGAAAAAACGGAGAGGCCGACCUACUCGGACAGUUCCUCAGCUGGCGAUGAUGGCUACCACACAGAGUUGGUCGACGGAGAGCAAGUUCUGGCUGUUAGCGUGGGUUCUUAUGGUCCAGUUAUCCAGUCUGCUGCCUAUUCCUACUCAGGGCUGUCUUCGCCAUGCUUCGUUAACCUCAGUAGUUCCAGUCCAUCCCGUUCCAUACUCAGCGGCUUCAGAGGUGGGAGAGCCAGAGCAAAGCGCCCCCUGGCCAUCCCGGCAGCAGUACUGAGUCACAUCAAACAGGGGUCAGAUGACAGCGAACCCGCCGUGGGACCCACCAUGUUGGAGAACGACUUGCGAGAGCGGAGUCUGAGGAGUCAGUGGUACCCGUACAACGAAAGACUCAUUUGCGUCUACUGUGGUAAAACCUUCAAUCAGAAAGGAAGCCUCGACCGUCACAUGCGCCUGCACAUGGGCAUCACCCCAUUUGUUUGUAAAUUCUGUGGCAAGAAGUACACAAGGAAAGACCAACUGGAGUACCACAUCCGCGGCCACACGGACAACAAGCCCUUCCACUGCCAGAUCUGUGGAAAAUGCUUCCCAUUUCAGGGCACCCUUAACCAGCACCUGAGGAAGAAGCACAUGGGAGUGUCCGAGAGCAGCAAUCAUAUGGACUCCCCAGAGAGGACGGAGGCAAGCUCGGAUCAGAAAGACCCGGACGAGACCGCUGAGGGGAUAGCCUAUGAGGCACAAUAUGCAGAAGAGGCACCUGCCAAUGAUAUGGAGGAGAGUUCCAAAUGCAGUCCAGAAGAGGCUCAGGCGUCCAGAUGUGAUUAUUAGGUUCUGCUUCAGGUUAAAGAAGCUUUAAGAUUUUUGUUUUGUUUUUUUCCAAAUCAAUUUAAGGAUUUUCCAGCUCCCUCUAAUAUGGAUGUUUCUUACUAAAAGGGGUGCUACCAAUUUUGUGAAUGCUCGGUGUCAAAUGCAGAGGCAAGCGAGUUACUUCGGGAGCGACAUCUUACUAUUUUUGCUGAGAUCCCAUUUAUCUACACUCACAACACCCUCCUCCAAGCUUCCCUUCCCCCAGAUGAUUUCUCUUUAUAUCUGUCCAUGUUUUUAGAAACAUAUUUACAGAGUUAUAUAGGCAUGUUGCAAUAAUUGAAAAUGUGAAAGCUCUGGUAAGAUGCUUGUCAUAUCACCUUUUUACCUGACCUGUUUUUGCACAUACGGCCACAGGAGGUCACUCACUUACUAGGAAUGAUCUAUUCUCUCUUUUUUUUUCUUUUCUUUUUUUUUUUUUAUUGCAAAGCUUUUUGUGACAUAUCCGUUCAAUACCUCAUGAUACAACCAACUACAUACUCAUCACAGUAUUCUCACUUCAAUGGAACUUACUUGGUUCUACCUCAUAGCCAGUAACCUACCGGGCACAGACAAGUUCACUGUUAUAAAUUCAUUUUAGGGUGCAUGUACAGUGUUUUGCCAAACCAUUUAAAGAAUAUGCUCUCAAUGUAUAGCCUUCAUAGACAGGGGAAAUAUUCCUUGUUGAUUGUAUGGGUUAGACGAACAAGGAGAGGUGAUUUGCUCAAGUGACUACAUUUAGUAUGCUCGUGUUUGUUUUUUGGAACAUUAAGAAAUAGAUAUUAAAUCGAUAGCCCAGUAUACUUCAAGUUGUCAGUUUGCUGUCUAAAGUGUUUUCCCAACAAAACACAGGAUUUUUACCUCAUCGCUAAUAGUGGUGGCGUGCUCUUAUGUAAUCACGGUUUUAGAAAUGUUAACUGUGAAAAGGGGCUCACUUGAAGUCCCACAUAUUCCCCCUACACUGGGAUUUGAUCAGAAUGUGCAACUUCUUUUGACCCGCGUUAGGUAAGGUAAGGUAAGCUACAACUCAUUAUUCAUUCACUGCAGUUGCAACAACUCCCGGAUCCGUUCAUGCUAAGUAAAGCAAAAGUACUCGUGUCAUGUCAAUAAUAUGCAAAAAGCAGCAAAGGAAUCUCAGCCAUUUUGACAUGGUUUUUCUUCCAUUAUUUGCAAGGACGAUUGUUUUUUUUUGUUGUU